UCGCCGAGCUUGCGGGGCAAGGAAAAUGGACAGACAGUUCCACACUGUUUCUCAGUCUGGUGAUGGGGAAAGGCUCCCAGGCCCGGAGGGUGAUGUGGGAGUCUUUUGUGAAAAUGCAGCAUGAGUUACCAAAGUUACACAAAAUACUGAAGGAAAUCCAGGAGUUCGGUCCUGAUCCACACAAAUACAUGAACAUUGCCCGAGGUUUAUGCGAAUUACCCACUCAUCUGAAAGAUAUUCAACGCAAACACAAGGAGAUUCUCCGGGCACAAACUGAAACACUGAGAGUGAACACAAUCCUGAUGAGGGAGAAGGUUAAGGUUUUCCCUCUGAUUGAUCAAUAUGCUGAGCUCACGGUCAUUUCCACUGUUCGACAUCGGAGACUUGUGGAACACGAGCUGCUGGCAAGAGGCCGAGACCAUGAGGAGUGGAGAGAGAAACAUCUCCGGGGAGAGCUGGAAAAAAUCCAGACUGAUCAAUUGUUCCAGAGCAGCUUUUCCUGGAGUAAAUCCAAAUCUGGGAGUUCGGCAGUAGUGGUCGGAGUCCCAGGUAUUGGAAAAACAACAAUGGUGCAAAAGAUUGUUUAUGACUGGACCACAGGGAAAAUAUUCCAACACUUUCAAUUUGUCUUCAGUUUCAAUUUCGGAAUUAAACUCCAUUAAAGACAGAAUAAACCUGAGGGAACUGAUUCUGGAUCAGUAUCCUUACUUGGGAAAUAACUUGAGAGAAGUCUGGAAGAAGCCAGAGGGAUUGCUGUUUAUAUUUGAUAGUUUGGAUGAAUUCAAGGACAGAAUCGAUUUUGAUGACAGUUGGAGAGACACAGAACCUCAGCACGUGUGCCCGGAUCCUGAGUGGUGGUGCGAAGUGUCUGACAUUGUGUACAGUUUAAUCCAGCACAAACUACUCCCAGGGUGUUCAGUGCUAGUGACCACCCGCCCUACUGCGUUACAUUUAUUGGAAAAGGCAGAGAUCAGUGUCUGGGCUGAAAUCCUGGGAUUUGUUGGUGAGGAACGGAAGGAAUAUUUCAGUAGGUUUUUUGAAGAUCAGGCAGUAGCAGCAGCUGUUUUAAAACACUUGGAGGAGAACGAGAUUCUGUACACCAUGAGCUACAACCCCUCCUACUGCUGGAUCCUCGGUCUGGCACUGGGCCCCUUCUUCACACAAAGAGACAGGGACCCACUGCGAGUUCCCAAGACCAUCACCCAAUUGUAUUCCUACUAUAUUUACAACAUCCUGAAAAACCACGGCCGUGAGACUGAAAGCCCCCGUGAUGUGUUACUGAUGAUUGGUCAGAUGGCCUUCACAGGAGUGUCCGAGAAGAAGAUUGUGUUUACAGAUGGAGAUUUGAUCAAGUACGGUCUGCAGCCUUCCCAGUUCCUGUCCGGGUUCCUGAUGGAACUUUUGGAGAGAGAAGAUACUGCCCGGAGCGUGGUGUACACAUUCCCACACCUCACUGUCCAAGAGUUUGUAGCUGCACUCGCACAAUUCCUGACCCCAGAUCGCAGGGAUAUCCUAAAACUCCUCACUGAAGCCCACAGCAUGAAGGAUGGUCGAUUUGAGGUAUUUCUCCGUUUUGUUGCUGGUCUCUCCUUCCCUGGGUCAGCUCGGGGCCUGGAAGAGUUUCUGGGUCCAUUUUCUCAUCAAACAACCUGCCGAGUGAUUGACUGGGUGAAAGAGGAGGUGAAAUGGCAGAUUAGAAACACAAGGAAUGAAGCUGGUAAAAGGAGGCUCCUGAACACAUUGCACUACCUGUAUGAGUCUCAGAAUUGUGGAUUGGUUCAGGCCACACUGGGAUCUGUGGAAACACUUUCAUUAAGUGGAUUGCAACUGACUCCAGUCGACUGCGUUGUCCUAUCUCAUGCCAUUGGGUUCUGUGAUACAAUAAAGCACCUCGAUCUAAAUUGCUGCCACAUUCAAUGCGAAGGACUGCAGCGGCUGGGACCCAGUCUGCACAAGUGCCAGAAAUUGGGGCUGGCGAAUAAUAAUCUGGGGGAUUCAGGCGUGAAACUGGUGACGGCGGCUCUGAGGAAUCCAGGCUGUAAAAUUCAGAUACUUGGGCUGUGGGCUGUCGGUCUUACAGAUUCUUCUGCCAACGACCUCACCUCCAGUCUCAGUACAAACCGCUCACUGAUGGAGCUGGACCUUGGUGGUAAUGACCUGGGAGAUUCAGGGGUGAAACUGAUGUCUGAGGCUCUGAGGAACCCGGACUGUAAAAUACAGAAACUGGGGGUGGGGAUGAACAGCCUCACAGAUUCUUGCACCGAGGAUCUUGCCUCUGCUCUUAGUACAAACCGUUCACUGAUUGUGCUGGACCUGAGAUCAAACUCCUUCACAGACAAAUCUAUCCCAGCUCUCUGUCGCCUCAUACUGACCCUCCAGAGUUUAAAGUGCAUCUGGCUGGAGGGGAAUUGUUUCAGUCCAGAGAGGGAGAAGGAGAUGCAGUGUCUGCAGUCCAUAUCCGGACUAAGAGUGAUCCUGCCAACAUCUUAGUGCAUAAACAUCAUCACCCUUGGUUGGAAUAUUUUUGGCCAAUUUCCCACAUUCUCCUUUAAAGGGCUGCUCUCUGGUUCAAACUCCAAAGGUUCGUUGUGACAUCAGAGGUGACCCUGCAGUCAUGUGACUCAGCUGCUUAUCCAUGGCACUGUUUCUGUUGGAUUUCUGAGGCUGGAUGACACCAUCCCGCCACCACCACCCCCCCCCCAAGUGGAGACCUGUGGAAUUACACAGACAGGAAGAGCCAGAGUUGGGACACAGUGUUCUGGGGUGGGAUUAUCUGGAGAAAAUUGGAGUUACCUGAGGAUGAGUCAACUGUAUAUGUGUAGCCAGGCAGUUGGGGGGAGGUGGGGUGGAGGGGGCUGAAUCUGGAUUUUUCAGAAGCUUACAGUAAGGUUUUGCAUGGAAGUUUCAUGAAUAAUAGAACACUUUGGACGUAAUGCUCAGGCAUGAAUUGAGAACAGAUUAACAAAGGAAGGCAAGAAGUAAGAAUACAUGGGUGUCCCUGAAUUUGGCAGGUUGUGCUCAUUUGGUACUGCAGGAAUCAAUGCUUUGGUCCAACUAUUCACCAUCUACAUAAAACAAAUCUCAGAGGGACUACAUAUCCUAUGUGGAAAUUCAUAGACAAUCCAAACCUAGAGGUGAAUUUAACUGGCAAAGAGGAUUUGGACAAAUUAAAAGGGAUAUGGAUAAGCUAAGUGAGUGGUUGAGAACAUGACAAGUGGGAUAUUCCUUGGGAAAAUUUGAAAUCCUAUCCUUAUGUGCACAAGACAUAAGUGAAUGGGAAAUGUUCUGAAAGAGCCACAUGCCUGUGUACACAGGUGAACUGAAAACCAAUGCAUAAUCCAGCAAAUGUGUGCAGUUUUGGGCCCCUUAUCUUAAAAAGGAUACACUGAUGUUGGAGAUGGUUCAGAGAAGAUUUAUGAGAAUGAUUCCUGGAAUGCAAGGGCUUACAUAUGAGGAGCAUUUGUCGGCUCUUGGACUGUACUCAUUGGAGUAUAGAAGAAUGAGAGGGGACCUCAUGGAAACAUUUCAAAUGUUGAAAGGGUUGGACAGAGUAGAUGUGUUUAAGUUGUUUCCCUUGGUGGGUGAGUCCAGGACAAGAGGACACAGUUUUAGAAUUAGAGGGUACCCAUUUAAAACAGAUGAGAAAUUUCUUUAACCAGAGGAUCAUGAAUUUAUGGAAUUCUUUGCCACAUUACAGCUGUGGAGGCCCGAUCAUUGGGGGUGUUUAAGGAAGAGAUUGAUAGGUAUCGAAUUAAUCAGAGUAUCAAGGGAUAUGGGGAAAAGGCCAGGAAUUGGGCUCGAUGGGAGAAUAGUUUAGCUCAUGGUGAAGUGGCGGAGCAAACUCGAUGGGCCAAAUGGCCUACUUCUGCUCCUUUGUCUUGUGAUCAAAUAAUUAAGCGGAUGAAUGGAAUGUCCUUUAGUGCAGAAAGAUUUUCAAUAAAAGAGUGAAGAGAAAUUACUGCAAUCUCAUUGAGCAGUAUGAAACGGUAUGUGGAGAAUCUCGGGUAUUUUUGUGCAUAAACAAUAGACACAUGCAAUAAUAAUAUGUGUAUGUAUGCAUACAUAUAUAGCA